ACUUGAACAAAAUUAACAUUGAACAUUGCUUUUCCUGCCUAUAUCAAUUUGAAGUUGAGAGACAUUAAACAAAAUGAGCUGUCCAGGUGGUUUUGGUGAACUUAAUAUACCUUCUUCGCGUGCUUUUUGGGAUGAUUGUGAGGAGGAUGAGUUUGAAAACAUAAAGCCGGCUGAGAAAUUAAAGCUUCAAUUUGAUGCUGAAGGCGAUGCACAGGAGCUUCCUGUAGAAAGCGAGCUUUUCGUGCUUAUUGAAGGUCCACAAAUCUCAGAGUUUUGCAAUAACGCACUGUUGACUGGCCUAAAACACAUAUGCGGCAUACCAUCAAAAAAAUCCGCCUUACACUGGAACGCCGCCAAAGGGCAGUUGGUGGCAUCACUGGAGGAGGAUCUUUCCAACAGUGGCGAGAUAACAGAGUUGCUUCUACCCUACGCACAGUUGGCAAAGAAGGUGUUGACCAUAACGAUCAAGCCCAAAGUUGAGUAUAAGAGUGAGGAAAUCGACAGAUUUAGCGAUGAUGUUUCCAUUGUGUGCCGUAUUGGUGGCAAUAAGAGCGAUAGAGAUGUAGUAAAACUAGAGGAACCUAACUUUAUAGCAGGCGUAACAGCUGGCAUUGCCAGUUGGCGCCAUCAGCUGGAUUUGCCCAUUAGCUCGUAUGUCAUCUACACCGAUAAGUUGCCAUUGGAUGCAGUUGCCGCUCAAGCAGUGCUGCAGCUAUUGCAAAAGUUGGGUGUAACUUGCAGCGAGCGUUAUGUGCCCAGUUCCAAGGACAGCUCCUAUUUGUAUACAUAAACUAAAUUUGCAUUAAAGGUGUUUUGUAUAUGUAUAAUUAUUCCAAGGAUUUGCGGUAUCAUAUAAUUCAUGCAUUAAACAUUGUAA